AUGGCAUUUGCGAUGUUAAGUGUUUCAUUACCAGAGGGCUCUGAUGAAGCUCAGGAAAUGUUUUGUGAACAUUGUAAUACACAUGACAAGAAACAUGUUCCUGCUGAGGGAUUUUGUGAAUAUUGUUUGGUGUACUUGUGCGGAACAUGUAUUAAGUUUCAUGAAAGAUAUAUGCUUUCCCAUACCAUCAAGGAUAAGGAUAACAUGCCACAAGAUUUCUGUUUUGAAAAAUGUUCUGUUCAUCAAGAUGAAUUGAUCAAGUUUUACUGUCAAGUUUGUGAAAAAAUUGCCUGUAUUGAAUGUAAGAAAGAAGUUCAUGAGAACUGUGAAGCUGUCAAGCAUUUGCCAAGCUUUGUUCAAGGGAUUGAAAAUAGCAAAGAAGUCAAAGUAUUCUCUGAAGAUCUUGAAGAAUUUUUGAAAAGUAUGGAAAAUACAGAAGUGCAAGUUAACACAAACUUAAGGGAGAUAAAUUCCUUACAAUCAAAGGCAUUAAAUACAGUUAUGGAAAAGAAAGAAGAAAUAUUGUCAACAUUUAAAGAAUAUCAAAAAGAAGUUGUUGACGACUUUGAAAAGAAAAUGGGAGAAACCAUACGAAGGCUGUCAGAAAAAAGGAUGAUACUUAUUGAGUUGUUUGGGCAUAAAUACAAGAAGCUAGAAGAGACACUUGAAGAAGAGGUUACUGAAAUUAAGGAGAAGAUAGACACAGCUAAAAGUGGUGAUCAGAUAAAUAUACAGAAUAUUUCAAAAGAAACCUCAAAAAUCAAAGAAGGCGUGAAAAUGAUUUCAUCAAGAAUGGCUAGCUAUCAAAAUGCCAGUCAAAGAUGUAGCCUGUUCGUAUCACUCAAGAAAGGUCAAAAAAGCUUGAAACGUUUGGAGGCUAAUGCAAACAACUUAUGCACAACCAAUAAGAUUCAUCAUUACAGAGUUCAAAGAAAAGCUAAUAAGCAAUAUCUAACAGUCUCUAAUAUUGAAGAUGCUGGCCAGUUUUUCACUUUUCAAGAAAUACAAAAAUCUGAAGUGGAAAGAAUUGCACACUAUAAUUCGGAUGUCGAAUUCAGUUGUGACUCAUUUUCAUCUUUAUGCUUAUUUUCAGAAAAAACCCUUCUAAUUACAAGAUAUCACUUUACAGAGAUGGUUAUCUUCAAGGAUUUGUCAGUAAGCGCUUCAUCAUAUGAUAGAAUAGACUUGCCCUCCCGACCUUGUGCUGUUGCCAAAGUUGACAAUUGUUCUGUUGCUAUCACACUUCCUCUACUUGGAAUAAUAAGACUGAUAACAUUCUCUAAGUCUAUGAUAGUGACAAACACAGAAGAUGUGAAAGUAGGAAUUAAAUGCCGUGGGGUGGCCUGUAAGAACGAUUACCUUAUUGUGUCUUAUUCAACCAAACCAGCCAUGCUGAAGAUACUUGACAUGUCUGGUAAAGUACUGAAAAUUUUUUGUACAGAUCAUGGUGGGAAUGGCCUGUUUGAUGUACCAUGUUUUAUAUCCCUCAACACAGGCAAAGCAAUCAUAUAUGUAUCUGACUAUGAAAGGAACUGUGUGUUAGGUCUAAACUCCAAUGGUGAAGUGAAAGCAAUUUACAAGGAUGAUGAGCUGGAAGGACCAUGUCAGAUGACUGCAGACAGGUGUGGUGCAAUGUUUGUAUGUGGACGUAUGUCAAACAAUAUACAUCAAUUAUCACCGGACCUGACCAAGGUCAAGAUUCUGCUGGAUGAUGAUCAAGGGCUAGACAAACCAGUAGGUGUGGCAUACUGCCAGAACAAAAAUAGAUUGUAUGUGAGUCAGAGUGAGGGAUUCAUAAAAGUAUAUGAUUUAUCACUGGAAUAG